AUGGCCGUCAGGAGUCCAUGGACAGAAUCGUUAUUUUCUCUCAACGCCCGUAUCCUGGCCAUCGCAGGCAUCUUCGCUCCCCCUUGGUCCAGACUGUACUUCCUGUACACGGGAUGGAUGUUCUUCACGCAACUCAGCAUUAUCAUGGGCCAGCUACAAGGCCUGUGGUUCUUCUGGGGCGACGUGGACAAGAUAACCCUCGACAUCUGCCUGCUGGUUGCGGCAGUUUUGGGCGUCAUUAAGAUCGUGACUUUUCUGCGGAAGAAAGAGAGCUUUUUUCGGAUCGCCAACAAACUGGACGACUUAACAGCGCGGCAACUCGACGCUGGUGAUCCGGAGACGUGCUCCAUUUUGGACGCGUCCAGGAAGGCGGCCAGGUCGCUGACGGUGUACGUGACGAUGCUGGGCUGUCCCUCCCCUGCCGUGUGGACGGCUUCGCCCUACCUCAUGGCCCUGCUGGGUGCGGGGUCGUCCCACAGGAACCUGCCAGCCGCCGCGCGCUACACGGCCGCCGACACCGACAGCCCGCUUUUCGAGUGUCUGACGGCGCUGCAGUUCUUCAGCAUGCAGUACAGCUACUUCACCACGGUGGGCGUCGACAUGCUCAUCGUCAGCAUCAUGGUACACGCCUCUGCGCAGCUCGAGGUGCUGAACGUCGUAUUUGGCAGACUCGGCAAGUCAGUCAGCGCCAGUAACAGUUACCGGGCGGACAUCUACAGCUCUGGUACGAGUACCUCUGUAAGCUACACAAUAUCAGGUGAAGAAAACAGCCCGGAGACGUGGAGGAGGAAGAAGUUUUACAAAGAACUGCGCGACUGUAUUCGACACCACCAGGAUGUCAUACAGUUGGUUGCAGACGUGGAAGAACUCCUUACAUCUAUGAUUCUGACUCAAGUUAUGGGCGCCACUCUUAUUAUCUGUGUGACGUUAUUUCAGUUCGCCACAAAUAUCGAUAACAUCGGAACAGUUCUACGGGUGUCAGUGUACAUGUCGUUCAUGAUAUACGAAGUGUUCAUGUAUUGCUGGUACGCGCACAAUAUCAUCGAUCAGAGCUCGCGGAUCGCGGAGUCUGCCUACUGCUGCGGCUGGCCUGACGCGCCACCCGCCCUGCAGAGGUCUCUGGCGGUCGUCAUCUGUCGCGCGCAACGACCCCUGGCGCUCACUGCCGGAAAGUUCUACUACGUGUCGCGCGCCACCUUCAUACAGUUGAUCAACGCCUCAUACACCUACUAUGCAUUGCUGAGACAAAUGAGCGAUCGCUGA